UUAGAGUAGCUGCGCCUCUUUCUAGUGUAUGUGUACGAAUGAAUGUGCGCGCGCGAGCGUGUGUGUGUUCGGCAGGCAAGCUUACUGUAGUUCGAGGAGUCCUGCUAGCUGGAAUGGAACUCAGCUCGGUGUAGGCUCCGUAAGGGGGGGCACACACAUUACAAAAAGAACACAAACAACAACAGCAGCAGCUUCGACGUAACGAUAUAUAUAUAUAAAUAUAAAUAUAUAUAUAUAUAUAUAUACACAUACAUACAUAUAAUCAAAACAGAUUUGUGUGAAUAUAUAUAUACAUACAUAAACAUAAUAUAUAUAUAUAUAUAUAUUAUAUGUAUAUAUAUAUACACACACAUAUAUACAUGCCGUAAAGAUGGAAUAGUACAGGAGGAAUACAAAAUAUUCUGUGAGUGGAUACCAACAAGACACCAAACCGAGGAAUCCAUACCCGCUGCCACCACCACUACCACUACCACCACCACCAUCACCACCACUGUCAGCUUCUCUCUCUUUUUUCCCCACUCUGUAUAUCUAUGUAUCUAAAGUUCUUAACGAAGGAAGCAGCUUUCGUCUGGUUUGGUCUCCUAGUCGGUCUAUCUAUCUCUCUGUAUGCGAGUGUGUGUUAAAUAUACAUGUGUUUGUGUAAGUACUCUUCCUAUAUAGCUUGUAAAUAUAUUUCUGUGUAUACAUGUAUUUUCACCUAGGUGCGCGAUUGAGUUAAUUUGUAUACGCGCGUGAGAGAGAGUGUGUGUGUGUGUAUAUAUAUAGAAAAAUACAUAUAAAUAUAUAAAUAUUUAUAUGCCUUUAUCUCUCUAUCUCUGUAUAUAUAUAUAAAUAUAUAUUUACAUACAUCUACAUAUAGCUAUAUAUGUUGUGUAUGAGUGAAAGCCGAAGAGGUGUGUGUCUUGUGUAUGUGUGGUAUUUCGUUGCCUUUAGGACAUGGCCGACUGGAACAUAGUUACAGAUUGGCUGCGUUCUUUGAAUCUGGUGCACUACACACAAGCCUUCUUGGAUAAUGGUUACGAUGAUCUGGAAAUUUGCAAACAGAUCGGCGAUCCCGACUUGGACGCCAUAGGAGUCUUCAAACAGGAACAUCGCCAGCGAAUCUUGGAUGCUGUGAGAAUUCUUCGUGAACAAGGUGGAACGGCCGUUUAUUUUACCCUCGAAAAACCCAACAAUGAUAUUGGUGUGGCUGCUAGUAUAGUAGACGGUCAUGGACAUGUGGCUUGUACCACCACCGCUAACAACACAGAUAGCACUUACCAUAGAACUGGUGGUUUGGUGUGUCUGGGUGGUGGUAGUGGUAGUGGUAUUGGUGGUGGCAAUAACGGAGAUCACAGCGGAGAUUGUUCCACAAACGAACCGAUCCAUUCUUCCCGUCGUCUGCCCAAUGAUUAUGAAGAUGGCAAGUCUGCAUUGUUGACUUACCCCAAGAUACAGUUAAAACAUAUUAUCCGUGACAAACUUGUUCGAGAUGAGAUCGAUCUGUCUGGUCCACCUUACACCACUGCGGAGAUCAAGGACGUUUCACAAAAGGACCAGUCAUGUACACGGAGUAGUCUUAUGGCCUUAGCUGUUAAAUACGCCGGGGAAUUGAACACUCAUGUUGAGGAUGUCUUUGACCGACUCGACGAAUUACGCUGGUGGAAAAUUACCAAAGAUUCUGAUAGUUUAUCGGGGUAUAUCAUCACAUGGAAACCAAAUAGCGCUGUCCCGUCCGCCCCAACAACAACAUCGUAAUAUUGACGGCAAAUAUAUAUACAAAAACGUAUUACAAAAAAUUAUGGGUCGCGGGAUAAAACCACCACCACUACUACUAGUACCACUACCACCAUCAUCACUACUACCACUACCACUACUACUACAACUACUAGUACUUCUACUACUACUACUACUACUACUACUACCACCACUACUACUAUCGUCACCACUACCCUAGCCUUUAAAUGGACAUCGUAUACCCCGGGCCAAAUCUACCAUCGGCUACACCACGUACAGAAGUACAAAAGGAUGCUGUCUCCUCGGUACCUGCUGACAGGGACUCCGACCCCCAUCAGCUCUUCGGGGUAGAUAACCACGACAACCAGACGCUUUAGCUACAAUGAAAAUCUGACGGAUCUCUUUUGGAUUACAUUGCUCAUUCCAUACUUUCUCAUCUUUGUGACUUUCACUUUGAACAUUAUUAUUAUUAUUACUAUUAUUAUUAUUAUUAUUAUUGAUAUUUUUAUUACUAUUAUUAUUACUAUUACAAUCUUUCGCCUCCUUAUCAUCAUCAUCAUCAUCAUCAUCAUCACCUUCAUCACCAUCACCACCAUAUAUCGGCACUAAAAUUACAACUAUACUUGUUAAUUUAUGUUAUCAUCAUCGAUAUUAUUAUUAUCAUUAUUAUUAUUAUUAUCAUUAUCAUUAUUAUUAUUAUUAUUAUUAUUAUUUGCAUCAUCAUCAUCAUCAUCAUCAUCAUCAUCAUCAUACUGAGUACAAAUUCCACUUGAGUUGACUUUUGUUUUUCUUCCUUCUGGUGGGGGGGUGGUUGAUAAAAUAAAGUACCGGUCAAUUACAGGGAUCAAUAUAAUGAAAUAUAUUCGCAGGCCUGCUUUAGAAGUCAUUUUGUGUUCAUAUCCUGGCUGCAAUCAACUUUGGUUUUCAUCACUACACGAAUAAGAAGAUAAAUGGACCAGUUAUGCAAUGAAGUUGAUGAAUUCAGUUAUCGAGUUACAAUUUCCCUUUCAAAUUGAUGGCCUUGUGCUAAUGUUAAAACUAAAUUCUUAUCAUCAUUACUAUCAAGCACAGGCUGGAUCACUAGCUGUAAAAACUCUGAACUAGGGAACAGUUAUACAAUGUCUGGUUCAGAGCCUUGUUAUUCUAGGUUCAAGUACUGCAAACAUUCAUUUUUUGCCUUUCAUUUUAUUGGGUAUAUAAAAAAAAACUUAAAAAAAAAAAAAAAAAAAAAAAACCCAAAGACAAUUGGCUGUAUUUGAUCCUAAACAACCAAUAUGCUAGGUGACACACUGCCUGUUCAAAGCAGAAAGAACUGCUAAUUCCACCACCACCACCAUCAUCACCAUUGCAUUGAUCAUUCCUAUUAUUGAUAAUACUAGCAUAGUUACAAGUAAAUUUAUUAUUGUUAUUGUUGUUGUUGUUGUUGUUGUUGUUGUUGUUGUUGUCGUUGAUGUUAACGUUGCUGUUGUUGUUGUUGUUCUUGUGUUUUUGUCCUUUACGAAACUCUCCAUCAGACCCCUAGACCCUGAGAUCCUAGCUUGGCUCGUCAGUCCUGGUUGUUGCCCAUAUGAUAGAAAUGUCCCUUUAGCGUACAUAAUGUAUACUAACUGCACAUGCAUGUUUCUGCACACUUGUCUUCAUCCUCCUCCUCCCCCUCCUCUUCACCAUCAUCUUUAUCAUUAUUAUUAUUAUUAUUAUUAUUAUUAUUAUUAUUAUUAUUAUUAUCAUCAUCAAGGCAGCGAGCUGGCAGAAUCGUUAGCAUGCUGGGUGAAAUGCUUGGCAGUAUUUUGUCUGCCACUACAUUCAGAGUUCAAAUUCAACUUCGCCUUUCAUCCUUCCGGGGUCAAUCUAAUCGACUGGCCCCCUUCUCCCAAAUUUCAGGCCUUGUGCCUAUAAUAGAAAUGAUUAUUAUUAUUAUUAUUAUUAUUAUUAUUAUUAUGUAAAGUGGUGAACUGGCAGACCUGUUAGUACACUGGGCAAACUGCUUAGCAUCAUUUCGUCCGUCUUUUAAGUUCUGAGUUCAAAUACUGCCAAGGUUGACGUUGCCUUUCAUCAUUUUGGGGUUGAUAAAAAUAAGUACCAGUUGAGCAACUGGGGUCGAUGUAAUCGAUUUAUCCUUUCCCCCGAAAUUGCUGGCCUUGUACCAAAAUUAGAAAUCAUUAUUAUUAUUAUUAUUAUUAUUAUUAUUAUUAUUAUUAUUAUUAUUAUUAUUAUUACUAUUAAAAGGAUGGUGGAUUGGCAAAAUCAUUAGAGCAUUGGACAAAACGUUUUGUGUCAUAUAUCUUGGCUUCUUAUGUUUUGAAUUCAAAUUUCGUCUUGGUCAACUUUGCCUUUCAUCCUUCUGGGUUGAUAACAUAAAGUACCCAUCAAGUACUGAGGUCAGUUUAAUUGACUAAACUGCCCCCCACCCAAAUCUGAGGGCUGAUUAUAUAGGGUGGUGAGCAGGUAAAAUCAUUAGCAUGUUACACAAAAUGCUGAGUGGCAUUUCUCCCAGAUUUUUACAUGCUCAGCUUAAAUACUGCCGAGGUGAACUUUGCCUUUCAUAGUUUUGGGGGCUAAUUAAAAAUAAGUACCAUCUUUAGAACUGGGGUUGAUGUAAUUGAUUAAUCCCUCUCUCUAUAAAAACUGCUGGUCUUGUGCCAAAAUUUGAAGUCGUCGUUAUUAUUAUUAUUAUUAUUAUUAUUAUUAUUAUUAUUAUUAUGGAAAUGGUGAGACAGAAGAGUGCUGGGACUAGAAUAUUGAAACUUGUCUACCGAAGAUGCUAGUGUUCUGAAGAAGGGAAUCGGUGUUUCUAGAUCCCUUUUCCAUUUCUUUUUCAUUCCAAAGCUUGAAAUCUCAUAUAUGCUUGUAUAUGAGAUAUAUGAUAUAUAUGCAUGAGUAUGUACAUAAUUAUAUAUAUAUAUAUAUAUAUAUAUACACACACAUGCAUAUGCGUGCAUGCACGCACACACACACAUGCACACACACAUACAUUUGUCUUUACUGUUUGACUUAAAUCUGCAUUACUAAUAGUCUCACAGGCACAAAAUUCACUUCUGCUCAUUUAGAUUCAGUGAGGCUCAGUGGGGUGAAUCAGCUAUGGUUUCUGAUUAUCAUUAGAUAAGGCUCUUAUUUGCCAGUUUUGGUCUUGUUUAUAGAAGUUCUAAUGAAAUUUAGCAUUUCAGUAAAAUUUAUGGAAUAGUGUUAGCAACUGUUAGCUUAAAGUUAGCUUCAGAGAUCUCUGUAGAAGGUGGAAGUGUGAAAGUUCAGUUUUGUUAAGAGAUAGAGACAAGGACAGUAGCUUUAUGUAUUGGGUGAGCAAGAGGGACAAUGAUCUACUGAGCAACUGUUAACCCAUUGAAUGUUAUCUUGAUAAAUUACUUGUGACUCACAGUAUACCUGCUCUGUAUAACCUAGUAUAUUUUUGUCAAGGCUCCCUCCUUGUUCACCCAAAGUACAUAAACUGCCAUCUUUGUGUGUAUCAAAAACUUCACAUAUUGCAACAACUUGUUGUUAGCCUUCCCUUUAUCAGAAAAUUGAAAUUUCAUAAUGAUGUUAUUAAUGGAACUCACUGUUAGCUAAUUUUUAAGCCUCAGUUGUUUACACUAUUUAAUAAAUUUUACAGAAAUUUAAAAUUCCUUCUAGCAAAAGCAAGGGAGACUACUAUCUUUUUAUCGAUGUAGUCUCCUAUCCAGUAGCUACCUGGCAGUUGCUACAGUACCUACUGCUCAUUGAAUUUCUGACUCCUCUAUGUAACCUGAACUGGUUAAUAAGAAUAAGCAUUACUCCUCACUCAAUGACAAUCAACUUUACUUAGAAGCCAUGGUUUUUCUCAUCAGUCAGUUUCAUCUUGUUUGAAUGAUCAGAAAUGCUUUUUGCAUUUGUCAAACAUUUAAUAAUGCAGAUCUGAGUUAAGCUGUUAAUACAAAUAUUUAAUCUUCAUAACUUGUGUUGGGGUACUUUUUCCGUUUGUUUUAACUCCUAUUUGUAUAUACAUAUAUAAGACAUUGUUGAUAAUGUUCCCUUUUGUGUGUUUUUGUGAUUAUUUUAUAUUUUUAAUUGUUUUGGUUGUUAUAUAUGGAAUGUUUCUUAAAGGUUUCCAGGUGGAAUUGAUCCAUCAUUGCCUUCUUUUACUUCUCUGAUUUUCUCAUCCAUAUUAUUAGUGCUAUAUACAACCCUCUGCCUGCCCUUCCCAUGUCUUCCAACACUGCAUUUACAACAGAAUGGAUGAUGGAGGGGAAAAAAAAAAAAAGGG